AUGAUUAUAAAUAGAGAGUUAAAAAGUGAAGAAUUAAUAGAGGCUUAUAUAGAACGAAUCGAGCAUGUGAAUGGAAUUGUAAACGCGGUUGUGCAGAAAAAUUUCGAGAAUGCGAGAAAAAGUGCAAAAGAAGUCGAUAGAAUAUGUGAGAAUUUGGAGAGUGGUUCAGAUGAGUUCAAUGAGCUGCUCAAAAACAAACCUCUAUUGGGUGUACCGUUCACACUAAAAGAUUGCAUUGAAGUGGAUGGUUUGAAAUGUACAAUUGGAAUAUCAUCACGAAAGGAUUUGGUAUCGAAUAAAGAUGCUGAAGUUGUUAAGAGAAUGAAAAAUGCAGGUGCUAUAAUCCUAGCGGUCACAAAUGUGCCUGAGGUGUGUAUGUGGUGGGAGUCAGUGAACUCGAUCUACGGACGUACCAAAAACCCCUACGAUACCCGUCUGAUAAGCGGCGGUAGUAGCGGCGGCGAGGCUUGUCUCAUCUCGUCGGCCGGUUCAGUGAUCGGCCUGGGUAGUGAUAUUGGCGGUUCCAUACGAAUACCUGCCUACUUCAACGGUGUUUUUGGGCUGAAACCUACCAAUGGUCUUGUGCCACUGGAGGGCCAUCUGCCACCAUUGGAGGGCUUCCGUCAAGAGAUGUUACAUAUUGGACCUAUAUGUAGAUAUGCUGAAGAUCUCGAUGUCAUGAUGAAGGUGAUGAUACCAGAAAAUUCGAUGCAUUUGGUGAAACAGCAUCAAUUGACAAAUGUUCGUAAAAUACGAUUGUUUUACAUGGAAGGUUUGAGAACACCGUUUGCACAGAGUGUCUCUUCUGAAUGUGGUGAUGCUUUGAUGAGGGCUGUUCAAUUCUUCGAAACGAAGUACGAUAUUUGUGCAAUAAGAUUAGAUCUUCCAUUUGUGCAUUACGCUGUCGAAUUGUUUUUCUCGAGCAUGGAAGUUCCUGGAGCACCGUCAUUUGCACACUACAUGACUGAUCUUAAGUCAGAAGUGGACUGCAUUGGUGAGCUAAUGAAGUGGUUUUGCGGCAAUUCUCGACAUACUUUACCAGCCAUAGUGACUGGCAUUUUGGAUAGACAAUCACCGUUCAAUGAGGAACACAAAGAAAAGUUGGUUUCGAGUCGUGAACGAUUGAAUCGUGAAUUGAAACAGUUGCUACAAGAUGACGGUAUCUUAAUAUUCCCAACCUUCCCGACCACAGUUCCGUACCACAAUCAACCUCUAUUGACACCAUUCAAUUUCAUUUAUACGGCUCUAUUCAACACUCUAUCGUUGCCCGUUAUUCAGUGUCCGAUGGGUCUCAAUAAGAACGGUUUACCGUUAGGCUUUCAGAUGGUCACUUCGCCGUUUAACGACUUCAUUUUGAUUCAGCUUGCGAAACAUAUUCAGAGUGGAUUCGGCGGUUGGAAACCUGCUAGUGAUUAG